UUCCGGUCUGCGGGGGCCGCUCCGGGCGGGGGCCGCGGGGGAGGCGGGCAGCCGACGGGCCGAAGGCCGGCACUCAUGGCGGAGGGCGGCGGGCGGGCCGGACCUGGGCCCGCAGGUCCGAAUCUGAAGGAGUGGCUGAGGGAGCAGUUUUGUGACCAUCCGCUGGAGCACUGUGAGGACACGAGGCUCCACGAUGCAGCCUACGUGGGGGACCUCCAGACCCUCCGGAGCCUGCUGCAGGAGGAGAGCUACCGGAGCCGCAUCAACGAGAAGUCUGUGUGGUGCUGUGGCUGGCUGCCCUGCACACCACUGCGCAUCGCGGCCACCGCAGGCCACGGGAACUGCGUGGACUUCCUGAUCCGGAAGGGGGCUGAGGUGGACCUGGUGGACGUGAAGGGACAGACGGCCCUGUACGUGGCCGUGGUGAACGGGCACCUGGAGAGCGCCCAGAUCCUUCUGGAAGCCGGCGCCGACCCCAAUGGAAGCCGGCACCACCGCAGCACCCCUGUCUACCACGCCUCCCGGGUGGGCAGGGCAGACAUCCUGAAGGCCCUCAUCAGGUACGGGGCCGACGUCGAUGUCAACCACCACCUGACUCCUGACGUCCAGCCCCCUUUCUCCCGGCGGCUCACCUCCUUGGUGGUCUGCCCCCUGUACAUCAGCGCCGCCUACCACAACCUCCAGUGCUUCAAGCUGCUCCUGCAGGCUGGGGCAAACCCGGACUUCAACUGCAACGGUCCUGUCAAUACGCAGGGCUUCUACAGGGGCUCCCCCGGGUGCGUCAUGGAUGCUGUGCUGCGUCACGGCUGUGAGGCGGCCUUCGUUAGCCUGCUUGUGGAGUUCGGAGCCAACCUGAGCCUGGUGAAGUGGGAAUCCUUGGGCCCAGAGUCGAGAGGCAGAAGGAAGGUGGACCCUGAGGCUCUGCAGGUCUUUAAAGAGGCCAGAAGUGUCCCCAGGACCUUGCUGAAUCUGUGCCGCGUGGCCGUGAGGAGAGCGCUUGGCAAACACCGACUCCAUCUGAUUCCCUCGCUGCCUCUGCCAGACCCCAUCAAAAAGUUUCUACUUUACGAGCAGAAUUCACGAGCAGUGGUUGACUGCGGUGAGGAGGAAGCAAUCUGCAGAGCAGGUCGACACCGAUUCUUGCCCCUGUGACCACGUCCUGUGCUGCUGACUAAAUCCCGCCUGGCUGUUGGUGAAGCGGAAUCAGCCUUGUUCUCAUGGAUGGUAUUCCAUCUCAGGUGCUUGGGGCGUCGGACAGUCCUUAGGUCGGUAUCAGCCGAAAGGCUCGUACAAAACUUAAUUUUGUUCUUCCUCAGUAUCUCUGUUUUGGAAAUUAAUGAAAUGGGCCUUGAAAUGUGAGCAGGUUCGGGCUGAGGUUGGAGGCCUGCUAACAUCCCCAGCAGGGAGAGCUAGCACUUUCCAGAACUGUGCUUCUGCGCUUGCCUCUCAACUUGACAGCUUGAUUAACGCGAAAUGAAAAGGAGUCUUGGUAUAAAAGUACAGAGAUGCAGUUCUUGAACUUACUGGUUUGUUUUCCCUGCUCCUGGGGUAGACGUGUGACAUUUAUCAUACGCACCCCCUUUCCUUGCCGCUUCACUGUUCUCUCCUUGUGGCGGAGGCGUCAUAUUAAUUGUCUUCAUUCAAGGAUGGUUUCCUGGCCACAUGGGUUGGCUUUACUGCCUCAAAGUCAACACCUGCAUUUGUUCACAGCCUCUUUAGGUACCACUCAGAGUUCUGCAGCGCUGCACCUGUUCUGAUACCUACCUGUGCCUAGCAUCACGCCAACAGGUCUCAUGAGUUCUCUGCCAUUUCACUUUGGGGAGCUUCCAGACAGUUGAUUGAUUUUAGGAGGCCAACACUGAAAUAGCCAGUAAUUGACUGCCUACACUCGGACCAAGGACCGUCCAACAGCAUUCACUGCCAGUUCUAAAGGAAGAAGAUGCCUGUGGCGCUGUUUCCUAGUCCCUGCACGUACCGGAAAGUGGAAACUUCAGUCAUCUUCUGGGUGGUUCUAAGCUUUCAGUUGCUUUGUGUUCAGUGGACAAAACAUCUGGUGUUUGGUUGAUUGAUCUUCACUUUUUUGGACCUGAUGUCUUGGUAGUUGCUCCUAGAACCGAAGAAAGGGGAUAGCAGUGAGGUCAGAGGUCUUCCCCUGGCCUGCUGGGGGUGGUGAGAAGUGAGAGGAAUGAGCUGGCUUGUCACCUGACGGACGGCUUGGCUGUGGGCAGGGCUCACUCUCACACCUGGGCUGCGCGGCCAGGUGUGUGGCCAUGUCGGCACAGGUGGGCCAGCGGCUGCCUCUCUAGAGCAUCCAGGUGCUGCUGUUUCCAGGGAAAUCACAUCUGGUAAUUUGAGGCCUCAGGGCCAUUGUGUGGAUCCAUGGUGAUUCUGACCUUUAGAAGUGUUUAGAAACGGGCAGAUUUCAAAUCUGUGUUUGGAUUUUCUGCAAUAAGAGAAAUCUAAUUUGUAACAAUUGAACUAAUGAUAGGGGUUUAUUUAAUUAUUAGUGUCAUUAUGUGUCUUCACUGACCAGACAGGCAGUGUCUGGUCAUUGUCUUCUGUGGCUUGAGGAUGGAAUUCUGAACCCCACCUCCUGUGUCACGGAUGGACGUGUGUUGGAAAGCCAGGCUGGCCCGUAUAUGCACGUAUGAGGUCUGAGGGGAGAACAGUCAUCGAUGAUUUGGGGGGGACGACGUAGCCGCUGGAGGCUUCACCUCAUUACAAGCGGUGGCUGAGGCGUAAGUGUUGGAUGGCUUCUGAGGCCCGAGACCGGGCUGUGUGCUGCCCCUCAGGACGGGGAGCCUGCUUGGCUGGUCGCGUUCAGAGCUGGGAGUCAGGAGAGGCUUCCUGAGAAGAGAGGAGAGGAGCUGCGGUGGGUGGCCGAUGUGGUCCUUUGCAGCCGGAGCCAAGCGCUGCCGGGCUUCAGCCCAGGCCGGGGAUCAGCUGUGUUCCUGUGGCCCUUGUGGUGGGACCACACCACAGCUGGGCUGCGGCUGGGCCAGGAGCUGUGGGGAGCUGGGGCUCUGCCUGCGUUUAGGGAAGGGUUGUAAGGAAGCUCGAGCCACCCAGCGGUGGACUGGGCCACUGGAGGGGGCUUCGUGUCGCUGGGGGUGUGUCAGCACUGGCUUGUCGCCUCCUGGGUCGGGCUGAGAGAGGAGUAUCAGGAGUGGUUCGCUCCCCUGACUUUUAAGCUCUUGCAGCUGCCCUUUGGCUCGGGUUCCCUGCGGCUGAGCCAUGCUGCAGGCUCGCAGGCCACUCUGGGUUUGCCCUGCUGGGUGUUUUCUACAGGGGUCUGUUAGGGACAGAGCCUCCCCAGCCCGGCCCUGGGUAGGAGGGUGGCUCUGUUCUCAGACCUUCUGGAAAGCAGCAUCUGGGAAUGCUGCCAGUGCGGGGGUCCCAGCCAUGCCGGUGCGACCUUGGGGCUGCACUAGCGGAGUGGGCGUCAGCCUCCUUUGCAGGUGAAGUGAGUGCAGGGUUUGUUUCUGGGGGAUGGAACCGUUUUUCUGGGGUCUCUCUGGAAGGAGUGGACUGAGUCGCCGCUCAUUGUUGGGCCUGGCCCAGAGCUGGCCGGGGAGGCAGUGGGACUGGGGAGAGGUUGAGCUGGGAGUGAGGCCCCCGAGCGUGGUGUGCUCAGGGCCGGUCCACAGGGGCCAGGGCCUCAGCUCUUCCUUUGCAGAGACAGGUUGGCUUUCUCUUUGUGCAGCCACCCUUUAGAGCUUUUUUCACAAUCCCAGCAAAUUUGAGGUUCAGGCUCUAGUUUGACAUUCACAGCUGCCAAACCUGAAUCUGCACAUAACGUAGAUAGCUACUUAAGGCCAUUCCUGCUUGUUUUGAGUGACGCUUUGCUAAAGCUCCCUUUUUCUUUUGUUGGCAAGGAUAGGAUACAGAAUAGGCAAGAGUAACUCUCUCCAUCAGAGCGUUUUAUAAAAUCAUGUUUCUAAGCCCUGGGGCACCAGUCCCACAUAGCCAGGAAACGUGGUGGUACUUGAUGAAGCUGCAGCCCCAGAGCCCUCCGCAGGGAGGGGCAUGAUGGACCCGAGGUCCCCCCAGCCUGGUCCCGGGAGUGUCCUGCUGUUGCCCCUGCUGGGGCGUCUGCCAGCCGCUGAACAGAAUCCUGUGCCUGGGCCUUGGCUGCAGCGGACAGGCGGGGGGUGGGGGGGGGCGGGGUGUGGUGGAGGCAGCACUGACACCUCUGAGAACCUCUGAGAAUUCAGCUGUGGCAUCCUGGGUGGCGUUUCUGCAUGUAUUUCCAGAACCCAUCAGUGUCAUACAUAUCUGUGCCUUUUCAUAUUACUUACGCUAUUUAUGUAUUUAUUUACUUAUUUAUGCCCUACCUUGUUCCAGAAAAGGGUUUAAGGCAGUGAUGCUUAGUUUUUGAUGUUCUCUUUUGACAUUUGAUAAGUUGUAGUCAACAUGCACUUGUUGUUAAACAGGUAGUUUUAAAAAAAGAAAGGACAAUUAGCAGUUUCCUGAUGUUGAAUAUGUUUCUGUUAUCAGGCCUGAGGGCCAUCAUUUUAAUUUUUUCCUCUUGCUUCCAUGAAUUGAUUCUUCAAAUAAAAGGUUCACGCAUAAAUAGAAAGAGAGGAACAUGCAGCCAAGGUCAGGCUGAGCAAAGGAAAAUCUGCCCUAGAGAGAAGCGCUCUCCUGUGCUUGCUGCCUCCUGCCUGGCCUUGAGCAGGUCGUGUUCCCAGGGAGGCUGCUCUCUUACACGGGCCGGGUCUGGCCGCGCCUUUCCCACGGAGCUUUUGGCAGGACACGUGAGAGAAUGUACGUGAAAGCACUUUGCACUUAAGCCAUCCCUGCGACAUGUACACUGCUGUCCUGGUGAGCGUGGCCCCUCUUCUCAGUGGACCGGUCUUCGAGGCGAUGAUGGUGCUGGGACAGCCUGUGAUCUUGGUGGUCGGCUGGGCUUGUGCCCCAGGGGGCAGCAAGAGUCACGGCGCCCACGGCAUAGGCCUCCUGUGCAGGUCGGAGGUACAAGGACACAUGUUAAAUAAUAUAGGAAGUCAAGUUCAUUCAAUUUAAAGGGUUGUCUUUUAUUCUGAGAUUACGUCCUUCCUAAUUUGGGUGACAAAAUGUCCUCUUACGUAAUGAAGGUGAUACUAGAGGGCAAUAUUUUUAUUUUAAAAUGCUCCUGGUUGCAGAAUAAAAUGUCGGCUGCCCUUUUGUCGAAGCACAGAAUUUCUUUUUGAGUUUGCCUGUCUCUGAAAUCCAGCGUCGGGGACCCGCAGUCUCGCUACAGUGUACGUUUACGUGCCGAGGAAUUUCUCUUGGAGUCUUGAAACGGCCUGUACGUGGUUGAAGGAGAGCCCAGCGUCUGCUCUGCCUAGUAGUCCAAGAACAAGCUCUGAGGUCACUGUGUGAGCUGUUAGGAAGUGCGUGCUUGUGUCCUGCCCACGGCAGAGCAACGUCCCUGGGGUGAUGGGCCUCUGGCCACCCGAAUCCCCUGAGGGACACUCCCGGGAGGUUCACGUGGCCUCGUCAGCGAGGCUGCCCCUGACCUCAGGCCUGCGCACCUGAGGCACCCCCGAGCGAUGGCGCCGGUGCUGGUGGUGGGCCUUCUGCUUGUGCCCCUCUCAGCCGCCUGCCACUCAGCGGCCGGUCCCGAGUGGUCUGGAUUCCCCGCCAGCGUGGCUCUCCCUCCUGGAAGUGCCUCAUUUGGCCACAUGACCUCUCUCUCCCUCGCUCGCUUAUGCCUCACUUCCCUCCUCAUCCCCCGCCCCCAACCUGACUCUCUUGAUGUGGAAUAAAAUAACUGAUGUGCACACAUGAGUGGUUAGUGGGAUCACGUCCUAGGAGAAUUCCACGGGGGGGACGUGCAGAGUUUGAAGUGCAGUGAUGUGUGGAAUAUAUGCUAUAAAUUCUAGGAAGACAGUCCGAUGGAGAAGUGAGGCGUGGGGAAGGGUGACUUCUGUUGCCUUAACUUGUAAUUGCUCAGUGUCUGGAAUGCAUGGGGAGCUUUUCUUUUUAAAGUUGCUUGGAUUUCAGAUCUCUCCCAAGUGAUGUAUGCGUGUGCAUACGUGCAGUUUAGUGUGGUAUUUGUGAGCACGGCUCUCCUGUGUGUAUAACAUCAGUUUGCUGCUGUGAUUGAGCCGGCAGUGCCCCCGCUCCGCCCUGCGGUGUUUGCACAGCUCCCGCUGCUUCUGUUUGGUGUCGAGCACGUGAGGUGUGACACGCACUGGGGCCCGUGUGCCUGCACACGGGGAAUGCUGACCAUCAGCCCUCAGUUUCUCCUUCCUCCUUUGGUAAUGACUGUGUGCUUGCCCGCAGCAGCUGGGACCAUGAAUAUUCUUUGCACUUGUGCCUGGUUAAGAGCUUUCAGAAAUACAAUGGACAUCUUUGAUACGUUAUUGUAACUUUAGUAAAUGCUUUAGUCCCCUUUAAUUCCCCCCAGAUGCCUUAAUUUUGUGGACUGUUUAUCUCAUUGGAUAGAAGAACUGACCAUGUGAAACCUUUGUACAUGAACUUCAGGUAGAAGCAGCUGGCUCUCUGGAGAGUUUCUAAUGAUUUGCAGAGAAGGGCUUAUGUAACACAGGAGUUUUAAACUGCGCUGGGGGACCCCGGCGCUCUAGGGAGGCACCCAAAAUGCUGCACAGGCUUAAACUGAUGGGUGAGCCUGCUUUACGUGGUGGGGUUUCUAGUUUGCAGAGAGUGCGCCCCUAAAAGUGUCCGUAACGCGUGGCUUUCAGUCAGGUGACACCGUCCCUACAGUGCUCUGUCGGGCGGGGAGGUGGUGGAGACUGCGGGCCCCUGUUCUUUGUGACUUAGUUUGAAAGUGGGAGGGUGAGGUGUGAAGCUUUGGGAAUGAAUGAACUAAA